AUGGCAGGACUUCCGCAGUUCCCGCAUUUUGACGUGCAUAUGGAAGAAAAUUCACAAGGUAAAAAGGAAAAAGCACUGUUAUUACACUAUGUGGGCUUGAGUACAGAUGACUCUAAUUAUGAUGAAGUGAACACAAGUCUUACAGAUUAUUUUAUGCCGAAAAGAAACAGAGAAUUCGAGAGAUAUGAAUUUCGGAACAUUAAACAACAGACAAACGAAUCUGUAGAUCAGUUCUCCACAAGACUCCGCCAAAAAGCAGAAACUUGUGAAUUUUCCAACAAAGAGGAUGAAAUCAAAAGCCAAAUAAUUCAAGGUUGUACUUCAAGAAAACUUAGAACAAAAUGUCUACAAGAUGACAAGUCACUUUCAGACAUUCUGGUACUAGCUCGAACCAUGGAAAUUGCCGAUCGCCAGCCAAAAAUCAUGGCACAAUCACCAGAAAUACCGGUUAACAAUGUCCGCCAUGCACAACACAAACCUAAUACCAUGUUCAACAAAAAGUUAAGCCACAAAAGCCAACCUGACCUCCAGAGAACGAAAAAAGAGUGCAGAAAUUGUGGUGGCGACUUUCCCUACCAGAGCCAAUGCCCAGCAUUCGGAAAAACAUGUAAUUACUGUCACAAACGAAACCAUUUUGUUAAAGUGUGCCGAAAAAAGUCAAACGCAUAUCAACGCCAAAUUAGAGAAAUACAGCAAAACGUCGACAGCGACCACGACCACGAACAAGAGUGUAAAUUUGGUAUAAAUAAGAUAACCACUAAAAAGGUGCCAAAAAUUAAUAUUAGAAUCAACGGCGUAGAAACAUCUGUACUGGUCGAUACUGGUUCAAGUCUUAACAUCAUAGACAGCAAGCUUAUUCGACAAAUGAGGCCAGUACCUGAAAUGAAGAAAACAAACACAAAGGCUUACGCUUUCGGACAGAAGAAACCACUACCAAUCACAGAAAAAUAUACAUGCAUAAUAGAAACAGAUUUAAAGUACACAACUGCUGAAUUUUAUUCAAUUAAAGGAGCAUCAGACAACCUGUUAUGCUAUGAAACCGCCGUAGAUCUCGGAAUUGUGCCUGUGAUCAAAUCAGUAUCAAGUGAUGUGGAAUAUAAUAAACUGUUUGAUAAAUAUAAGUCAGUGUUCACAGGACUCGGAAAAUUAAAAGAUAAGCAAAUAAAAUUCCAUAUUGAUGAAAAGAUCGUGCCGUCUGCAGAACAUGUCAGGAGAAUCCCGUUUCACGUGCGUGAAAAAGUUGAAAAGGAAAUCAAACGUCUCGAAAAUCUAGAUGUAAUUGAAAAAGUGAACGGAGCAACACCAUGGGUUUCGAACUUGGUAGUCGCACCAAAGCCGAACGCGCCGAAUGAGAUACGCUUGUGUGUAGACAUGCGAAAAGCCAAUCAAGCGUUAAAGCGGGAGAGACAUGUUGUUCCUACAAUUGAUGACAUUAUUCUCGAACUUAACGGCUCAACGGUAUUCUCAAAGGUGGAUUUUAAUAAAGGCUUUCACCAACUCGAACUUUCUGAGGAAUCAAGAAAUGUUACGGUAUUCACGUCCCAUAUUGGACUCUGGAGAUACAAACGGUUAAACUUUGGAGUAAGUGUCGCGCCUGAAAUAUUUCAGAACGAAAUCAGACAAGUUUUAUCAAACUUAGAGGGUACUCUCAACGUUUCAGACGACAUAAUUAUCCAUGGACCUAACAAAGAAAUUCACGAUGCCAGGCUCAAUGCCCUGCUCAGUAGGUUACAAGAAAGAAACCUAACACUCAAUAAGCAAAAGUGCGAGUUCGGAAAAGCAUCAGUCAAAUUCUACGGAUAUAUCUUCUCAAAAGAUGGCAUUUCUCCGGAUCCAGCAAAAGUCACUGUUAUCAAAAAUGUAGAAAUGCCGAAGAAUGCAGGAGAGUUAAGAAUGACAAAUUAUCUGUCGAAAUUCAUUGAACGCUAUUCAUCUAUCACCGCGCCUCUCCGUCAGUUGCUGAAAGAAAAAGUCGAUUUCAAAUGGACUGAACAACAACAACAAGCAUUCAAUCAACUUAAAAUGGCACUCAGCAGUGAAAAGGUGAUGACAUUUUUUGAUCCGAGCAAGCAAACAGAAUUAUGGGUUGAUGCAAGUCCAGAGGGUGUUUCCGGAAUAUUGAUCCAGGAAAAUAAGGUGAUCGCUUAUGGCAGUCGGUCGCUUACUGAAGUUGAAAAACGAUAUAGUCAGACGGAAAGAGAAGCCCUUGCUUGCGUUUGGGGAUGCCAACAUUUUCAUCUCUACCUAUUCGGAAAAGAGUUCACAUUAAUCACAGACCAUCGCCCAUUAGAGUCGAUUUUCAAUAAUGUGAAACAAAUACACUCAGCGCGAAUUGAACGAUGGCGCAUGAAAUUAGUCACAUACAAUUUCAAGGCAAAAUACCGUCCAGGUAGUUUGAUGAUAUCAGAUUACAUUAGCAGGCACCCAACUAUUAAUUGCCCUUCGCAGAGUGUGGCAGAAGAUUAUGUGAAAUUUAUUACCCAGCACGCGUUGCCGAAAUCACUCCGCCUAUCAGAUAUGGCUAAUGCUACGCAGGAUGAUUGCAUAAUUAAAUGUGUGAUGGACGCUGUUUCAACAAACAGGUGGAAACAACAAAAAUGUAGUAAAAUGAAGGAAUUCCAAUGCUAUGAACAACUAUCAAAUGAACUAUCUAUAGUGCAUAAUGAAAAAGGAACUGUAUUGUUACGAGGUACAAGGAUAUGCGUUCCGCAAAAUCUGCAAAGAUGCGUUGUUGAUUUAGCUCAUGAAGGUCACCAAGGAAAAGUAAAAUGUAAGGCGUUCCUGCGUGAAACACUCUGGUUUCCCUACAUGGAUAGACUUGUAGAUGAUGUAGUUCAGAAUUGUAUACCGUGUCAGGCUGCUUCUACUAAAACAACUCUUGAUCCAGUAAAGAUCAGUCCGUUACCAAAUGCCGUUUGGAGUGAAAUUUCAGUAGAUUUCUAA